AUGCAGUUGAGUUCAGGUCAAGUAACAUAUUUAUGGGAGUUUUUGCUGAGAUUACUGCAAGAUAAAGAAUAUUGCCCCAAAUAUAUCAAAUGGCUGGAUCACAGCAAAGGUAUAUUCAAAUUGGUUGAUUCGAAAGCCGUUUCACGUCUCUGGGGACUGCAUAAGAACAAGCCUGGAAUGAACUACGAAACAAUGGGCCGUGCCCUCAGGUUAUUUCCACGUCCUUCAUUNUUCCUAUGUGACUGA